ACGGACUCGAUGGCACCGUGGACGAAGAAGUGCCGGAGAUCCUCAUGUGUCCCCGAUGCCAGGAGCAAUUCACUGAAGUGGCCGAGUUUUUAGCCCACAAAAGUGAGUGCGACAAGAAGGCCAUCAAGCAUGACGAUCCUGCUCACUCCGAUCCCGAGGACAUGGUGGUAUCGGAGGACGACGAAGAGGAGGAGGAGGCCGGCGGGAAGCGAAUGGAGCGGAUGCGGCGUCAUCGGCAGGACGCAGCGAACAACAACAGCGUGGACGAAGCUUCACCAGAGGACAACCCGAUGGACUUUCCUUUCCCUGUGACUCCAGCCGCCCAAGGGCACGUCACUUUGGAAGCCUUGCAGAACACCAAGGUGGCCGUGGCGCAAUUCGCUGCCACGGCUCUUGCCAAUAACGUGGACAACGAAGUCGCUCUGCAAGAACUAGCCGUUCUCCAGUCAACGCUGUUCACACUGCAGCAUCAGCAGGUGUUUCAGCUGCAGCUGAUCAAUCAACUGCAGCAUCAGCUGCAAAUUGACCGAACCAAAGAAGACGAGCAGAGCGGGUCGCCGGGGCCAUCAGAACACGAGCGAGAAAGCUCCCCAAUCGAUGAGAACUCCCCAACCCCGAAGCCGGAACCCUCCCCGCCAGCAGUAGCUAGAUUGACUCCAGCCACGCCACCUCAUGUUCCCACACCACCACCACCCCCACUACCACUCACCCGGCCGGAGGUUACUCAUCCCUCAAAUCUACCUCUGCAAAUGCAAGCCCCCAUGUGUUCCAUCUCAGCGUCGCUGGCUUCGACGAUCAUCACCCAUGGGAACGAUCCGCCCACAGCUGAAGAGCCGAACACUCUGAACCUGUUGCAGAAGCGUGCACAGGAGGUUCUGGACAAUGCCAGUCAAGGUUUGCUGGCCACCAACUUGGCAGACGAACUGGCGUUUAGGAAGAGCAAAGGCUCGAUGUCUCCAUAUGACUCCAAAGGCCGAAACGAGCCCUUUUUCAAGCAUCGGUGCCGAUAUUGUGGCAAAGUGUUUGGCUCCGAUUCGGCUUUGCAGAUUCAUAUCCGAUCGCAUACGGGAGAGCGGCCGUACAAGUGCAACGUAUGUGGCAGUCGCUUCACGACCAAAGGCAAUCUGAAGGUGCAUUUCCAAAGGCACAGCUCGAAGUUCCCUCAUAUCAAAAUGAAUCCCAAUCCAGUACCGGAACAUUUGGAUAAGUAUCAUCCGCCGCUGUUGGCACAGCUGGGGCAGCAGCCCUCCUUAUCGCCUGGUGGCCCUGGUCAUCCUCCGCACUUGGGGUUUCCCAGUGCAGCCCCCUUCCCUCCAACGUGCCUGCCGCACUACAGGCCCACAAAUCCGCCAUCGGCGGACCUGCUAAAUAGCAGAAUCCCGCCAUGUCGAACUCCUCCGCAUCGGCUACUCUUCCCGCAACCAUUUGCGGUUAAACGGGAGGACCAAGAAGCGCCUGCUGACUUGCGCAAGCCCCCCUCCCCCAGAGGAAGAGACCGAUCGUGCUCUCCAAAGGACAGCCCCAAGAGCAGAACCGAGACGGGAACCAUCGAAGCGAAGCAGCAACCUCAAGAGUCGCCAAACGCCCAGCGAAUGACCCCAAAGCAAGAGCCCAACGACAAUGAGAAUGAGCAAGAAGCUGAGCAAGCCAGGUACGGCUCCCCAAAUGGCUUCGAGCUAUGCAGCAAUGAGAGCCGAUUCAGCAACGAGGACGCCAUGGAGCGAAGAAGCCCGGAUGAUCGUUCCGAAAUGCAGGACGAGCCGGAGAACUUGUCGAGCAAAGCGAAUCUGAUAUCGGCCGCUUUGAGCAUUGCGGCCGGACAGAGGUUGCCUGCAAAUUUUCCUUUCUACCCUCAAAACUCGCCUGCCAGUAGUACCUCGUCAGGGAGCCUGGGCCAGUAUCCGACUAGUGCUAUUGGUGAUAUCACCAAAGAUCCGGCCCUUUACACAAACCUGCUGCCCAGGCCUGGAAGCAACGAUAAUUCUUGGGAGAGCCUGAUAGAAGUUUCGAAAACUUCAGAAACGAUCAAGCUUCAACGGAUGGUGGACAACAUCGAACAUAUCCUAGCUGAUCCAAAUCAAUGUGUGGUUUGCCAAAGGGUUCUAUCUUGCAAAAGUGCCCUGCAAAUGCAUUAUAGGACCCACACGGGGGAAAGGCCGUUCAAGUGCAAAAUUUGCGGGCGGGCCUUCACCACAAAAGGCAACUUGAAGACUCACAUGGGGGUGCACCGAGCAAAGCCCCCCAUGCGCCUCCUCCAUCAAUGCCCGGUUUGCCAUAAGAAGUACAAUAACGCUUCAGUGCUGCAGCAACAUAUCCGCCUACAUACAGGCGAGCCCACUGAUCUCACACCGGAGCAAAUCCAAGCGGCCGAAGUAAGAGAUUAUCCGUCAUCGGGAGGAUUUUCCAGUCUGGCAAAUUCCAUGAAUCCGUUCCUAAGGCAGGGGUUCUCGGUGCCCGGAUUAUCGCCCAUAUCCACAUCCGGGCUGCACUUUCAACUGAACGAACGGUCGGAGCAGGAAAGUAUGGACGACGACGAUGAAGAGGACGACAAUAUGAGCACCAAUACGGAUAAUCAAGCCACCAAUCAGUUUGCCUCUUCGCCCACUGAAAGCAACAAUCAUAUCAAUCCUAGCGUAUCGAUAGCAUCGUUUAGCAAUAGCGAGCUGAAUGGUUCCAGUGAGGACCUGAGCUGCAACAGGGCGAUUUCUCCCCCCGGUUUGCAGAACGGCGAAAAGUCGCCUAACCGAUCGGUUACCAGUCGAGAGAGUGCAGAAAUGCAAUCGCCCCACCAGAGAAUGACCAGCACUCCCGUCCAA